AUGCUCUCCAAAUCACAAGUGGUAUAUCCCCAAAGUAACGGGUCGCUGAAUGCGGUCCCGAGUGCCUCGAUGCCCUUCAUCUCGAGCUCUCUGCCCAUGUUUCCUGGUCCGGCCUCGCUUUCAGGCCAUCCUAUGGCAUUCCAGUCUCCCAUUUCUCCCCCACAGACCAUGAGUUUUGAUCCCCGUAAUCUGGAGAUCAAAACCAAAUCCGUGGAACAGACACUACUGCCAUUGGUUACACAAGUAAGCAAGGCUUUGUAUUAUUUAUCUGUAUUUAGAUCUCAACUCUGGUUAAUUUCAAAGAAUCCAUUAUUACGGGGACCAAACCAAAAAGUGAACGAGCAUUAAGGGCAGCUUUGAAGGUAAGGUAGUGCAUAUUACGUAAGCAUCACAUUCCUUCAGAUCGGAUCCGCAGUUGAAUUAGCAGUCGAGAGAUUUGUCGUGGUCGGGGAAUCAAUAGCCGAUGAAAAUCCGGAUAUCCAACCCGAGAUGUAUGAUGCUUGCCAUGAAGCUCGACAAGCUGGCGCUGCCAUGGCCAAUCUUCACUCUUCUUUAUUGGAUGAAUCAGGGAUCCCACAAUUAGGAAUCGACAAAUCUCAUCUUGUUCGAGCGGCCAGACAACUUCUUUCUUCGGUCACCCGAGUUCUCCUCUUGGCUGAUCGUGUAAUGGUCAGUCAUAUCCUUCGGGCAGAAGAUAAGAUUGUUUAUUCUUUGACCAAAUUGGAGAACACCAUGAACUUCACGGAAUUUGUCAGGAUUUUCACUGAUUUUGGAGGCGAAAUGGUAGUAUUGGCCCAUAGGUCAGGCGAUAGACAAGCCGAUCUGAAGUCAGAGAAACGGAAAGCCCAGUUGCAUGUGGCCAGAACAUCCUUGGAGAGGAUGACCAUGUUGUUGUUGACGUCAUCUAAGACCCUCCUCCGACAUACCGACGAUGACUCGGCCCGUCAGUGCAGGGAUGGAGUCUUCCAUCAGAUUCGAACAGCUCUCCAACUGGUCGCCUUGUGCAUUUGUGAUGGGGUUCUCCCCCUCGAUCCUCAUCGUUAUUGUCCCCCAACUUCUCCAGAUGCAGGUCCGUUGGAUAUUGGGAUUCAGUUAACGGCCAUGGUUGCUAUCAGGCAGUUAACAGAGAUGUUGGAGAUGGUUAGAAUGACAUCAAUUGUUGGAUCAGGAGUGAGAGAUCGGCUCAAUGGAGCCUUGGGAACUCUCUGUGAAAUGACCCAAGACUUUACAGACUCCGCUUUUACUCCACAUCAUCAAAGGGAACAGAUUCUUGACUUUCUGGAAGAAUGCCGCUUUGAAAUGGGUAAUCUUGUGUCAUCAGAUGUAAGUCUAACAUUAAGCUUUUAUUUUUGAUGUUUAGAACCAAGACCAAUUCUCUCAAGAGAAUAUGGAAGUGACGGUAGAACGGCUUCAUCGACGUCUCAAAGACCUCCAGAAGCAACUGCAAGUUGCUGCCAUGGAUCAGAUCGGUGUUGUUUUCCGAACGAAUGAAGAUCACACAAUCCUCAGCUCUCUGAAGACGUGCUCUGUCUCCGGGGAUAUUGAUGGAGUAGAGAAAUACUUGGAGAAGUUUAGAGAGCAUUCAGUUCACAUUCAAGAAGUUUGCCGGUUGCUGCAUCACAUAUCAUUUACCGACGCUUUACAUGUCUAUACUGGCCAAGCUGAGCGUACUUUUAGAGCGCUGGCACCAUUGGUGGGUGAUUGUUUAAUUUUAGUUCUUUAUAUAACAAGGAAAGUACUUCUAUGGGGUGUGGAGUUACAGGUCGAGAUAUAUAUCAAAAAAUUCGCAAAAAUUUUCUGAUUCAGAAUAUAUAAAAAUUAGCUGCCUAAUUUUGGUCUGAUGACAUGUUUUUGUCCUCAGAAGUUUUCUCGCGACACCAUGCAAGUGUCUUUUUGGCCGCGUUUUUACCCAUAAAAAAUUUUUAUUUUGUGCUAAAAUAAAUUCUGAGGCCUUGACAAGCCUUAAAAUAUCAAAUUGGAUUACAACUACACCUUAAAAGUAGUUUCAAUGUAAAAAAUGGGUUCUAGUGUGGCAAAAAGAAUCGAACCCGUUCUCCUCGGAUUCCCAAUCUAGCGCUCUAACCACUCGGCCACACCGCUCUCUUCCGAAGGAAGAGACCGAGCGCGCUUUUGUUGCCGCAGAUUUUUUUCCUCGAGAAAUACAUUUAUUGAUAAAACUCGUUGAUAGACCAAAAUUAGGCAGUUUUUUUAUAUAUUCUGAAUCAGAAAAUUUCUGCGAAUUUUUUGAUAUAUAUCUCGACCUGUAACUCCACACCCCAUAGAAGUACUUUCCUUGUAAAACUUUUUAUUGAAGUCUUACUUUAGACUCUCCUGGCCGGCAGAACUCUUUGCAUUCAUCCGUCCUCCAGAAUCGCUCGCGAGAAUCUGGAAGUGUUUUGUGAUACGUGGGCCUCCCAUAUAAAUGACCUAAGUCGUCUUUCUAAAGACCUCGAUGCCGCUGCUUCAGGUCGUGUCGCGGCCGAACGACAGGCCUACAUGUCUCUUCCAAGACCGGGCGUAAGUGGAGAACAAAGUCCGUUGUUGUCAUCGUCCUUUUCUCGUAUCCAAAGCCUUGAGUCUAAUCCUGAUAGUGGUUGUGAUAUGUUGAAUUCUAAGCCUUCCACCUCGUCGUGUUCUUCAACUGAAGGUGGAUGUUGUCAUCAUGGGGUUAAACCAAACUCUCCUCCAUCUGCAUUCACUCCGUACAAACGAUCAAGCCCUGAGGAUAUGGAAGGGGCCAGAAAUAUUGUGCUUAAUAAGGGUGUUGAUUCGGAUCCAAUAGUCUUAAGACAAGUUAUUGAGGAGCCGAGAAGGAAAAACUUUGAAAAUAGAAUCUCUCUGAUUCUGGAUUCGCUACACGAAGAGAGUCAGCGUCUCCAGAAUCUGCAUAUUCACACAAAACGCUCAAAAUAAUUUGUUGUCAGCUCAAAUUUUUACAGAUCUUCACAAAUUUUCUUUCUCUUACACUGGUGCUGUGAUUCUAAGAUACGCAAAUUAUGUAUUUUGUUUGUAACUGUAUUGUUAAUGUGGAUGUAAAUGUUGUAAAUAAAUAUAAAUUAUUAUAAAUGUUGUUUGGAGUUGUGAAAGGUGUAUCCUAACUGCGUCUAUGAUUGUUAUGCGUUACAGAAACAUGGCACAACUCAGAAGCCAACGAAGCCAUUGACUCUGGACGUCGAGGUAAGGAUUAAUGGAACUACAGUAAGCUCCCAAAUUUAGGACCAGCAAAAGAUUGCUAAAGUCGGCCUCGAAAUGAAGUUGCUAACGGCUGAGGUAGAGGCCGAAGCUGAGAAAUGGGACGAAUAUGCCGAGAAUGACAUUGUCAAACGGGCCAAGGCAAUGUCAUCCAUGUCCUAUAAUAUGUAUCUCUUCACAAAGGGCGAUGGGCCUCUGAAAACAACCCAUGAUCUGUUCACGCAAGCCGAAUUCUUUGCUGAGCAAGCCAAUAAGAUGUACAGAACGGUCAGAGAGUUCGCGUUCGAGGUAGGUAGCAAUGAUUUACUCUAACCUAAUCUUUGUAGACAGAUAAAAUUGAAAUUCCACCUUAUUGUAGGUACCUGGAAGUCAAGAAAAGAAUGAACUAAUGAGUGUUCUCGAGAGAAUCCCUCAACAUUAUCAACAACUCCAAGUUCUCGUCAAAUCUCCCACAGUUGGGAAAUCGGCGACUUUCAGUAAAGUAGACCUAGUCAUCUCGGGUACCAAAAGUUUGAUGAAUGAGAUUGCAAAGUUGGUAACUGCCUGCUUUGUGUGUGCCACCAAAUUUGAGAUUGAAUUCCGCGGGACCUCUACUUCGAGGGCCCUUUUGGAUGGAGGUACUGCCGAGUAUCCGCAACGCUCUUCCCGGGAAUCAACCAUGUGGAGGAGAACUCCGAGUGUCCGAAGAACCGUCCCUCCCCAAGUCCAUCUGUCUUCGAAUGAUCUAGCAUAA